UUGACCCAUUUUGUUCCUCCAGCUCGGGCUGUCGCGCCUCCGAGAGCUCGUCAGGAAAUCCAUCUAAGUAUUGUUUCCACCGGGGACCCCACAACCUCAUGGCUUUCUCCUCUCACCACGGCGGACGUCACUACCAUGCAUCUCUGGAGUUGCAGACAGUUAGUGAACCUUCCAUAUCAAGGCCUGCGGGAUCUUCAACAGGCGUAAAGUCUCGUCAAGACUAUACCGUACUCCUACCACAUGAAGUAUUCUGGCGAGAUCAUCAGCAGUGGCUUGCAGAGAGGGGAUACAUGCUCAGGCCUCGUUACCGGCCGGAUUGGGUUGCAUCGUACAAGGACAAACAGGACUACCCAUGGGAUUGCGAAGACUCUGUAGCUUCAUUACAUAGCUUCCUCCUUGAUGCUACGCGCAUCUCCGAUGGAGAGGUUGUCAUUCUGAAGAAAGUAUUCCGUCAGCGCAAUCCAUAUGAGAUUGAUAUGAACAGGUGCUUCUCGAGUGAACCGUUCAAAUCCCAUCCUCGCAAUCAUUGUGUUCAAAUUAUCGAUGUCUUGGCCGUGCCUGAUGAUGAAGACAUAUCCAUCAUGGUCAUGCCUCUCCUGCGUCGUUGCGACGAUCCUCGAUUCGAAACCAUAGGGGAAGUCAUGGAAUUUCUCAGACAAGUGUUUGAGGGUAUGCAAUUUCUGCAUCAAUGUCACGUUGCGCAUUGCGACUGUAUGGACCUCAACAUCAUGAUGGACCCCAAACCUAUGUUUCCUGACUUGUAUCAUCCUAUGUCGAAAACUAUGAGUCGCGAAUUUACUGACGAGGCUAAGAAGCCUUACACUCGCACUGCGCGACCACCGAAGUACUACAUAAUCGACUUCGGUUUGUCCCUUCGAUUCUCCCCAGACGAUAUGAAUCCUCUCGCUGAGCCGGUGCAGGGUGGCGACAGGACUGUACCCGAGUUUCAGAACUCUGACGGACCUCAAAAUCCUUUCCCUACCGAUAUCUACUACCUGGGUAAUAUGGUUCGGGAGACCUUCUUAGAGAAAACUAUGGGCCUCGAAUUCUUGAAGCCGCUCGUUGACGACAUGGUGCAAGACGAUCCGACCAAGCGGCCUACAAUUGAUGAAGUUGUAGAACGGUUUGGAAAAGUUCUCCGGUCAUUGCAUUGGUGGAAUCUUCGUAAACGACUGGUUGAGAAUAUUGAGGCAGAAGACGCGAUGAAGCGGUUCAGACGCAGAUGGCGACACUUUUUCCGCACAGUGGGAUAUACCCUAACGUUCAAAAGUCCUUUACCGGUGCCACGCUACUGAUCAACCAUUGCGGUCAGAUAUACCCGGUUCGUCGCCGCCUCUACAUAUACUUUUAUUUUAUGUCUUUUGUUGGAUUCCCGGAGGAUCUCUUCUAGUUGGGGUUGUUGAUUGGAUAGUUUAGAUAGGCCAACCCAUACGACAUUCACAUUUGAGUCAUGCUGGGCACGCUCGCAAAUAAGCACUCGAUGCGCAAUGCUUACAAGAGCGUAAGGGAAAUCUAGGGUCUGUUGCCUUCCCGGCGACGCUAACGCAAGGGAACGCUGACAUGCACGAGUUAUCAGAGGAAAUUUCGAUCCAUCCCUUGAUGGACGUCGGCAGCCAUGCGAUACUUUACGACAUCCAUUUAUUGAGCGCAUUCUUGGGAACAUCCAGUACAUUAUAAAAGGCCGAACAUAGGUGUUACGCCAAGGAGCAAUUCCUAUGAUCAUA